AUGAAUGGAGGUCAGACAAAAAUGGAAGGCAUGCAACAGCGGUUAAAGGAAAUGAAGCAAAACAUGCAACGACCAAUGGAUACUAUGCAAAUACAACAAAACAUGCAGAAAUCACAAGAAUUAAUGCAACAAGAAGAGUCUAUUCCAGCAGAUGACAAUAAUUUAUGUUCUCCGGGUUUCUUUUUUGGCGGAGAGUGCCAUUCAUGCCCAUUCACGCAUUUUCAGCAAUUUGGAAGCUGCUUUGGAUUUUCUCCUGCGGGUUGCUCUCUUUGUCAUCAGGAUAUUUAUGUUCCGCCACCUCAACCAAUUAUGCCUGAAGAACCCGAUGAUCGAGAAAAAGAACCUGAAACCGAAACCCCCGAACCGACCAGCGAACCCACUCCAGAACCUACGCCCGAACCGACCAGCGAACCUACUACGGAACCUACGCCCGAACCGACCAGCGAACCUACUCCAGAACCUACGCCCGAAACAACCUGCGAACCUACUCCGGAACCUACGCCCGAAACAACCUGCGAACCUACUCCGGAACCUACGCCCGAAACAACCUGCGAACCUACUCCGGAACCUACGCCCGAAACAACUUGCGAACCUACUCCGGAACCUACGCCCGAAACAACCUGCGAACCCAUCCCGGAACCUACGCCCGAAACAACCUGCGAACCUUCUCCCGAAACAACAUGUGAGCCUGCUCCCGAAACAACAUGCGAACCUACUCCCGAAACGACUUGUGAACCUGCUCCCGAAACUACUUGUGAACCUACUCCCGAAACUACUUGUGAACCCACUCCCGAGAUAACUUGUGAGCCUUCUCUUGAACCAAUUCCAGAACCUUGCAUUACAUACAUAUAUGAAACCACCCAAGUUAUAUGUCCUACACCGGGAGAAACAGAAGAAGAAUCGGUCGAACAACCCCUGUCAGUUGAAUAUCCAAUCGAGGAACAGCAGCCGGGUGGUGAUGAUGAAAAGAGAUGA